AUGGCUUCAAGUCAAUACGUGCUGUACGAUAUCCCUUCCGGCAAGGCACCAUCUGUGACAUGGUCGCCGAAUCCAUGGAAAACUCGCCUCCUUUUUAAUUUCAAAGGUCUUGAUUAUCGGACGCAAUGGGUUGAAUACCCAGAUAUCAAGUCUACGUUGGAACCUCAGUAUGACUCAAUUCCCAAGUAUAGGAGACCAUCUAAUGUUCCCAGUGUCGCACCCAAUCCCGGGAACCCCGCAUACUCCAUCCCUACCAUUGCCUGUCCCGAUGGAACAUACAUUAUGGAUUCGCGCAAGAUUGCGGAUUCCAUAGAACGCCAAGUCCCGCUUCCUUCGCUCCACCUAGACUCCGUCUAUCUCGAGAAGAUCGAGCGUGUCUGGGUUCAGUACAUGACCGCCUUUGCGCCGAUAUUCAUUCCUCUGGUCCCCAAGCGGAUUCUCAAUGAGGAAAGUCUUGAGUACUGGUACACCACUCGUGAAGCAAUGGUUGGGAUGUCACUUGAUCAAUUCGAGAAAGAGAAAGGUGGUGUUCGGGCAUGGAAGGAGGUGGAACCUGUCCUUCGGGAAGUGACUGCCUUGUUGAAGGAGAAUGAGGGGCCUUUCUUCAUGGGAAAGACGGUUAGCUAUGCUGACCUUGUAUGGUUUAGCAUUCUUCUCUUCAACCAGAAGUUAGGGUCGGAUGUCUUCCAGGAAGCAAUGGAAAGGACUGGGGAUUCGAAGGUGCAUCUCGACUUGAUGAAGGCUGCUCAGCCUUGGUGUGGUUGA